GCCGUCGGCCUCGCCCGCCGCGCUCCGGCCCGGAAGCAGACACGGUCCGGCCGGUGUCCGCGCCGCCAUGCCCUCUCGGGGAGACCUGGUGCGCGACUGGCACCGGGGCGUGCAGGCUGUGGCGCGCGGGGACUGGGGCUGCGCCCUCCGCCUCUUCUCGGGUGACCCGGAGCCGCCCGCCAGGAUGUGCUUCAACGUGGGCUGCGUGCACCUGCUGGCCGGGGACCCGGAGGCCGCGCUGCGGGCACUUGACCAAGCAGUGACCAAGGACGCCUGCCUGGCUGUUGGCUUUUUCCAGCGGGGAGUGGCCAACUUCCAGCUGGAGAGGUUCCAGGAGGCCCUGACUGACUUCCAGCUGGCCCUGGCUCAGCUCAGGGGUAACACCACCAUCGACUACACGCAGCUGGGCCUGCGGUUCAAGCUGAAGGCCUGGGAGGUGCUCUUCAACGUGGGGGCCGCACAGUGCCGGCUGGGACUCUGGGCUGAGGCCACCCGCAGCCUAGAGGAAGCCCUCUCGAAGGGGCCGGAGGGGGCCGGCGAUGACCUGCACGCCGCCCUGGGCCAGCUGCAGAAGCAGGUCCCCCUGCAGCCUCGGCAGGUCCCCAGGGGUGAGGUCUUUCGGCCCCACAGGCGGCACCUGGAGCAUCUGGAACCAGUGGAUUUCCUGGGCAAAGCCAAGGUGGUCUCCUCUGCCAUCCCCGACGACCAACAUGAGGACAGCCAGCCUCGGCAGCCCCAGGUUCGGGGUGUGGAUGGCGAAGGCAGACCUGGAGCCGCCCCACGGGCCAGAGGCUCAGGCCCGUGCAGAACGGCCAGACCCUGCGGUCCCAGGAUGCCUCCUGAGGCAGAGACAGAGGUCGGCUCUGGACUGGGGGCACAGGCCUGUAGGGACCUGGUUCCUGCCCUAAACGCACCCGCAUCCAGCUUGUACCUACGGCUUCCUGCUGACCAGCUGACUCCCCGGCCACACACCUCACCGUUGGGUCUGCUGCUGCAAGCCCCAGGCCGGGCAAAGCCGCCCGGACCUCGGGGCCCCGCACCCCUGGCCCCCACUCCCAGCCUGUGGCUUUUCCUGCAGAGGCCCCGUGUGGAGCAGGUCGGCAGACAGGUUCCUCCACGGCUGCCGGUGGCCGGGGGACCGGAACCCCGCCCUUCAGAGGAUCCCUUGGGUGCUGGGGGAGCGGCCAUGGAGGAACCUGCGUCCUUGGUGACCAUCACUGUGCAGUGUGCCUUCACCCUGGCCCUGAGGGUCCCGAGAGGAGUGGACCUGGCCAGCCUGCGGGGCCUGCUGAGCCAAGCCCUCGGUCACCAGGCCCAGCGUGCGCAGCUCAGUUACCAAGACCCCAGCAACAAGGGGCGCUGGGUCCCCCUCCCUGGGGAGGAGGCGCUGCAGAGGGCCUGGAGGGACUCGGUGGCCGGCGCUGGGGCCCUGCAGCUUCAGUGCCGGCCACAGGGAGCAGGCGGCCGAGCUGCCCUCUACCAGGUGGUGGCCCAGCACAGCUACUUUCCCCGGGGGCCCGAGGACCUGGCCCUGCAGCGGGGGGACGUCGUGGACGUGCUGUGUGAAGUGGACCAGGCCUGGCUGGAGGGUCACUGUGACGGCCGCGUCGGCAUCUUCCCCAAGUGCUUCGUGGUCCCAGCUGGACAGGACGUGUGAGGAGCCCGACAUCCCGUGCAGAGCCCCAGUGAAGAAAUCAGCCGUCCCGGGGCCAGGAGGGUUUUAAUAAAGCGGUUUCCCCCGCCCCA